AUGGCCUCUGCCAGCAGGUUCUCUGAAGAGGAGUUCCAGGAGGCCUGUGCAGAACUACAGCAUCUCCAGAUAUCAGGCUGGGAGAUGCCAGUGGUCACCUCAGUUGUUAGGGUCUACCAGCGACCACUGAACAAGCCGACUGGACUUUAUGAGUAUAAGGUCUCUGGUAUUGUGAGAUCUCCACCAGACCUACUUGCAGAUGUCUAUAUGGACUUAGACUAUAGAAAACAGUGGGACCAGUAUGUUCAAGAACUCCGUGAAAUAAAAGUCAAUGGAGAAGAAGCGGUCUAUUGGCAAAUGAAGUACCCUUUUCCCAUGUCCAACAGAGAUUGUGUCUAUGUGAGGCAGCGGCGACAGCUGGACUUUGAAGGGCGGAAGGUCCACGUGAUCCUGGCCCAGAGCAUCCCUGUACCGUGGUUUUCAGAGAAGUCGGGCAUGAUCCGGGUGAAGCAGUACAAGCAGAGCCUGGCAAUCCAGAGCUAUGACUCUUGGAGGAGCGAAGUUUUCAUGUAUUACUUCAAUAACCCAGGUGGCCAAAUUCCGUUCUGGAUCCUUAACAAUUUCACCAAGAGUGAAAUUCCUGGCUUCCUGAGAGACUUGGAGAAUGCCUGUCUGAAGUACCACAGAGCCGAAGAGAGAUUUGUGAGCCUUGUGUCCAUGGAGUGAUGUCCAUAGAAUGAUGCCUGCACGUGCCCCAAGCACUGACACUCAGCCUGCCUCUCUCUUUUCCAGCCUCAGAGGCCCA